UUUUCUUUCUCCUUCAAUCUCUCUUCAGGUUAUUUGAAGUUCUGGGUUAAUCAAAAUAAUGCUGGGAUCUUUUCUUCCAAGGGUUCUUCUGAUGGUGUUUGGUUACGCUUAUCCGGCUUAUGAGUGCUAUAAGACUGUGGGGAAGAAUAAGCCAGAGAUUGAGCAACUUCUGUUUUGGUGCCAAUACUGGAUAUUGGUUGCUAUGCUUACUGUGUUGGAGAGAUUUGGGGAUGCUUUAUUUUCAUGGGUACCAAUAUACAAUGAAGCCAAAUUGGCGUUGUUUAUAUAUCUCUGGUCUUCUAAGGAGAAAGGCACGGCCUAUCUUUAUAAUCGCUUCUUCCGAGACUUUGUGGCACAACAUGAGGCAGAAAUUGAUGGUAAGAUAUUGGAAUUCAGAGUUAAGACUAGGGAUUUUGCAAACCUAUCUUGUCAAAUGGCUCUGAAUUAUGGCCAAAAAGGUGUUUAUGAGAUUUUGGAGUAUGUUUCUUCUCAUCAGUCGGCGCCACAGCCUCAUUCUGAUCAGAAGCAAGAGAAGGGCACUGGAAAAGUAAUUGUUGCUGGUCAGUCUGAAGCUGAAGCAAGGGACCAAAGAACAACAAACGACUUUGAAGAGAAACCAACUGAAUCAGUAUCAUUGUCUGGAAAUGGAACCCCAAUUCUUCCCAGCAGAAAACACUGGUUAAAGAAGCUCAUCAGAUGA